CGCGCGCAGGUGGCUGCAGCCGGACCACAGUGUCGCCGCACUGCCAGGGCUCCGCGGAGUCCGGACUCUGCUCGCUGGGGUGACCAGACGUGCUGCAGCGGGGCGGGGCUUGUAGACGCGGGCAGCGGGCGCCGGGCAGAGAGCCCCCUCGCCCCGACCCGAGGAAGGAGCCAGAGGGACUGGGGGGGACCUGCCUGCUGGAUGCUUCCCGGGAGCCGCUCCAGGUGCGAAGCAAAGAUGGGGUUUGCUGAGGACAAGGUUUAUGAGUACAUUAGGGAAAACAUGUCCGACUUCCAUCACACCCGGGUGCUCCAGCUGAUUCGUCAUCUACCGUGUCUCUCUGAUGCAGACAGGGAAGAGAUUGAAGCCUAUGACGACAGGAAAGGGAACGAGUUCGCCGUGUGGAAGCUCUUCGACUACUUGAAAUGCAGGAGUGGCUGGGUGAAGGAGCUCAUUGAGGCGCUCAGGAAGAACAGGCACCAUGAUCUCGCAGACAGGGUUCAGUGCGAGUACGAUGCUCACCAAGUCUGUCCUCGGAGCAAGGCACCACUUCCUGCUGUGAAUAACUCUCUGCCCAGCUACACGUCAGUUUGCUCUCAGAUGCCGCCACCGACUGCUAAUCCUGAUCCUUGGUGCACAGGCCCCACCUCUGCGAACAAUCCCCACAUGCCUGCAUUGCCUAGGCAGCCAGCAAGUCUCCCAGGGUCUGGCGCACCCCUGCCUCCUCAGACUAAUCCGUCUGGAGCAGAAAGCUGCCAUGACCUGGGGGAAUACAAUACUCCUGUGCAAGAAAUGGAGCCGAUGGCAAAGCAAAAGGUUACAGAAGAUGCCCUGACUCCAUGGAGGGAAGCUCCGAGUUCCCAACCCACUGGGAACGCAGCACUAGCGGAUCUCAGGGCAUCACAGGAAGGCGGUAACCAUGGAGAUGGUCUGGCCCCAGCAGCAGUCCGUUUAUCUCCUGGAUCACCAGCAGGACACCUGCUGGCUUCUGGGGUGGUUCCCAGAGAAGAGGUGGAAGUGGCUCAGCCAAGCAGACCAGUACCCGACUCGAGAGGACAGAGUCAGGACUGGGCUGGCCGCCAGCAGCAUCCAGUCUGUGUGAGCGGUGGGUAUUUUGGGAACAUGAACCACCUGAACGUUGGGAACAGCAGAAAGACAUCCAUGCCUGGAGAGCCUGUUCAGAGAGGGGAGCCGGCCGCCGCUCCUAGCCCAGAGGAUUUCAAGAACCAGCCAGAAGAGGUUUACUUUUCUUCUUUGGAGCGCUCUCCUCUGGCUUCCAGUGUCAACAGAGCUGUCCACGGAGAUGGGCAGCAGCCUGGAGAUUCGCUCCGGGAACAGAAGAUUCAGGCUUUGCAGGGUUAUGAGAAUGGGAAUCUGACGAGCAGCAUGGUGGAUGUUCGUGACCCUGUCCUCCUGCAUACCCAGUUUGAUGCAGAGCAGAAACGUACCCAGGGGCAGAGAGACCAUGGCGGAGAGAGGGAUGUGUUUCCCCUACACCAAAUCCCCACGGACCUCAGUGAGGAUGUGACUGCUCAUGAUUUGGGAGCAUUACAUCUUGGCACAAUAUGCUCGGCCAGCUCCUCUGAAAAACUGGCUUCAAGGCCCUCCAGUGGACCUUCCCAGAGGAUCCCUGAGCAGAACCCAGAUAGCGGCAUCAAUUCCCACCAUGGUGGACGUUCAGGAGGGUGCCUAGCAGAUACCCUGGGAGUUGCCAGUGGACUGGCAAACAGCAGGGAUCCUCAAAGCAAAGUCCAGAUCCCAACUCCUGUACCUCACGUGCUAUGCCCAACUUCGACUCCUGGGCCCAGCAACGUUCUUCCAACCAGUUCCCCCAUCCAUCCCAGUACGACUAGCAUUAACAGAGUUCUCAAGCUCUCCAAUGCCAUGCCUGCUGUGGAAUUCCCUGACCUUAGUGGCUUCUCCUCUACUGCUGUGAUUCCACCUAGUUCGCCUGCAUUGCCUUCUGACCCGUCAGGGCCAGCGUUCAACAGCGACCUGGGUGAGCUGAAAUCUCCCAUCCAAGAGCGCGAACUGCCAAUGAGAGAGACAGACAGCAGCAGCAGCUCCAUGCCAAAGGAGAACGCAAAUCAAGUGCCAAAGCCCCCUGCUCCGAGUGUGACCCGAACCAGUCCAGGGAUCCUUGGGAACACAGCUGGCACCACCACGAGGGAGGCAGAGUGGGAGACCCAAAACACCUUGCCAGACUCCCCUGGGGGCUGCCAAGCGUUCUACAAUGAGCUGGAUGAAGAGGUGGAGCUCAGCAAGCCAGGCGUGCUAAUCUCCACCGGAGGCAUGGAGGAGCCAGCCAAGAGGCAGCCAGAGUCAUCCGAGACACAUGUCCAAUAUUCUGGGAGGUCUGAUCGCUUCGUCUUCAGCGGUGAGUGCUCUCAGGACAGCAAUCCCCUAAUGAUAAGCGAAUCCAGCAGUGCCUGUUCCAAUUCCAGCAGAGCCCAGAGGAAUCAGCCUGAAGAGAAUCACUACUUCUCUCGCUCUGACCACCGCCCCGCAGCUUGGGCUGCCAGCAAUGACCCAAGAAGAGAUGAGGCUACCAAAACCAGCAGAGCCUCCCUUCCACCAGAGAGCAGCAGCACUUGGGACAGCACAGCUGUGGGAACUCAUGAAGUCCAUGUGGUUGAGUAUCCUAGCGCUGAUCUGGAGGAGGCUCCCGACCUGAGGGUUGUAGCCAAUGCCUAUGAAAACCCAUCUCCAGCCAGUUCUGGCUCCCUCAGGAGGUUCUCUGAAUAUUCCAACUCUCCUUGGAAUUCAGAAGCCCCGCCAGAAAGUUCCCCCCAGAACGAUAACAGGCCAAGGCGAGACAGUGAUGGGACAUCCUUUCCCUUAAAGGACUAUAUACUGCCAGCUGCCGUUGCUGCUUUCACUUCUGUUGUGGCUUUCCUAUUCUAUAAGCAUCUGCGGAAUUAGGAGUCAAGCAGAGUGGAGAGAUUGUAGAGCAUCACUUUGUUCAGCCACAAAGUCAACAGUAAACUUCAUGCUUAGCUUUCUCUUACAUGGGCAUUUUAACUGGCAUACUUAAGACUAGUCUGGAGGGUAGAAUUUCGAAUGCACUAUUGAGUCUUCUUUGGAAAUGAGGCAUGAGGCCCCAGAUGCCUGACCCCCUUUUGCUCUUCUCCGUCCUUGUUGUCACCAGUUGCCUUUUCAUAUACGUUCCUUCUCCUGCUGCACCUCAACCCCCAAUGCAAGCCAUCGCUGAUGGACCCUUACUUGAGGCAGUGAAAUUCGCAAUCCCUUCCGCAGAUGCUCAUUAUCCACACCUGUCUGUGGGCCAGUGCAGUGGAAGGGGGUACCAAAGAGACAGGUGGAGGCUUUCUACAAGAGAGAGCAUGUUGUCCUGUGAAUCACAGGAUUCCUACUGCCAGCUCUGAGAGAAGGAGUUCCAUUUCCUUGCAGAAUCUGAAGUGUAUGAACAUCAAGAAAGCGCAGCUGGUCUCUGCUGCUAGGUUUCGCCUAACUUUAAAAUCCUGGUGCAUGGAGAGGGGCUGGGCACUGUCUCCUGUGCAGGUACCUGACCAGGGAUACUACCUUGAACUCAAAUGUGGUCCAUUGAGGGCUCUUCUGGCUUUCUCCUCCAGCCGUGCCUCGUGAUUGGGUCUGUGUUCACUCUCCCCUUCCUUCUUGCCAUGUGUUUGUGUAUGACUGACUAGGAUCGCAAUUCAGGAUCAUCUGCUCUCACUGAGUUGAAUGGCUGUUCUGCUGGUACAACUAUUCACUCACGGCGGGGCUAGCAUGAGGCCUGUUUGCCAGUCAGAUCCCAAUGGCAACUAGGCCAUUUGCACUGAAGUGAAUUUCACCCUUCGCUUAUACCUCACUGGCUUGAAUCCAGACCAGAUCAGUAACUUGGUUGUUAACAUCUAAUGCCUUUUCAGUGCCCUGUGUGAAAUGAGCAGGGUCUGAAGAUCUCCUGCUCAGCAAGUAACCAAGUUACAAAAAUCCCACAGCUAGUCCCACUGAUGGCAGUCCUAGCUGAGAGGCCCUGGUUUAAAAUGGAGGUUAAACUACCAUUCUGUAUGCCUACUGGAGGGGGGGGACCCUCCAGCUUUGAGGCAGCGAGGGGAAGUUGCUGUAUCUGUUCUGUGACUAAGUAGAAAGGUCAAAUUGACUGUCACCUUUCACUAGCACUAAAUUCUCUCCUCAUGCCUGCAGGGGACACCAUUAAUCUUGUGGUUUUCCCUUCUCCUCUGAGCAUACAUUUCCCAUACCUGUCAUGCGGCGUAGCCUUAGUCAGAGCAUGGGAUUACAUGCGAAUACAGGCGUUGCCUGUUGCAGUACUAGGCCUCCAAAUUGUCUAGGCAUAGUUUUACUAUAGAAUCGGGCUUUAAGUGGAAAUGGGGGGUGGGAAUUAAGUAGUUUGAGAGAGCUCAGCCACAAUCAUGGCGAUAGUAAUGUAUGUAACCAGGCUGUAGGUCAAUUGACGCAACUGUCCAGCAGGAUUCAAGGAACAGAGAAUGUCUCUCCAGCUUCACUGCUCCAGCAAGGAUGAGGUUUGCUCCUUUUCCUGUUGCAUUGUCUCAGUAGUUCUGCUAAUGAGUAGGGCCACGAUUUUGGCAAGGCUAUUUUAUUGAAAGUCACAAGCAGGUUAUGGGACAUAAACAAUAAAUCAUGGCUAUGUAUACAGGGCGAGCAUUAAGGGGUAGUAACAGGGCAAUGGCCUGAGGCCUGCGAAGCUAAGUUACAGGUGGUGGGGUUCAGGCUUUAGCUUCAGUGGAAUUUUGAGGAAGUUGCAGAGGUCUCAUAAAAAUCACAGAAUCCGUGACUGACUCAAAGCCUUACUAAUGAGAAAUGAGCACAAUGGUAGAGUGGCCAUUUAUGUGAAACUCCCCAGGUGUCAAUGCUGCAAAUGCUCAGGACCCGACAGUGUUCCCUGUUCCUUGGCUGACAUGAAGAUCAUGUUAUGGUAAAGGUUUUAUAGUAAGCACAAAAGCCAGGAAAUUCAGAGUUAGACUUCCCAGAGCAGCUGUGUCUAAUCCUGGUUUUGACACUGACAACCUCUGUGGCAAGUCACUUUACCUUGCAAUUUGAAUUUCUCCUAUCUGCAGCGUGAGGAUAAUAAGGUGUACCAACCACAAAAGUGGGCUUGAGGAUCAAUUACCUGUAGUCUGGAAGCGUUACAUGGGUCAGUUCCUCAGCUGGUAUAAAUCAGCGUCACUCCAUUCCCUUGGGGCUGUCCACAGAUUACAUUACACAUUUUUUUGUUAUUGUCAAGACCCCCUUACUCCUUGUAACAAACAUGCAAAAUUAAGGACCUAAUGCAUUAAGUAAUUUAUGGACAGACCCUUGACUGCAUUGUCAUUAAUGGAGCCGUGUGAAGGAGUGACCCACUGGCUGGUGUGCGUAGGAGAGUUUGUUCUUCUGAUGCCCCCUGUCAGCAGCUUCUGUUGAUGUUGAGCGGUCCACUUCCUCCCAUGACUUAGCCCUCUGGACAGGUCACAUUCAGUCAUACUCCUUUCAGGGUACCAAAACCACAGGCCCCCAAACAUACAAGUAAACACCACAUUCCCACUAUCUUCAGGUCCCCUUUCUGUGCUCAUGUCCUUAAGGCUUCCGCUGGGGUCCUCAAAAAGGAGACAUGUCAAACAGUACUAACUCAACUGUCUCCAAUCCACACAUGCUUACCGUGUUGGUUCCUCACUAAGUCCUCUUUCAUCCCACCACAGCGAGAGACUUCACCUUCUGCAGCAUCUAUUCACUUCUAUCCCACCACUGGGAUUUCCUGUCCCCCUGCAGCCUUCCUGACAUCCUCACCCUUCUGGGCCUUUCUCUCUCUUCCUGCAGGACCUGCCACUGGGGUGUGCCCUGCUCAACACCUGCCAGACAUACCCCUUCCCGAGGUGCACCCGGACAAUGCUAAACGGGGCCUUUGCGUCUUUGAUCUUUUCCAGGGUUCUGUUCACUUGGGGGCAGGAGUAGAGGUUUGCACCAUCAUCACAGACCUAGACAAGCCCUGUGUGACAAUCCUGUUUACACCAGCUGAGGAUCUGUGCCAUUAGUGUUAAAGUCUUGCCAAAAAAUAAACACAAUAUUGUAAACACAAUGAGGAGCGCUUGUGGUACCUUAGAGACUAACAAAUUUAUUUGGGCAUAAGCUUUUGUGGGCUAAAACCCACUUCAUCAGAUGCAGGGGGUGAAAAAUACAGUAAGCAGAAUAUAUACUCUAGCACAUUAAAAGAUGGGAGUUGCCUUACCAAGUGGGGGGUCAGUGCUAACGAGCCAGUUCUAUUAAGGAGGAAGUGGCCUAUUCUCAAUAGUUGACAAGAAGGGGUGAAUACCAAGGGAGGGAAAAUUACUUGUGU